AUGUACUGUGUAACAAUACCCCAGCCUCCCCUCUCCACACCGUCCCACCAGACCGCAGCCUCCAUUGUCCCACCAGACUCCAGCCUCCCCUCUCCACACCGUCCAUCCAGACCCCAGCAUCCAUCGUCCAACCAGACCCCAGCCUCCACUGUCCCACCAGACCCCAGCCUCUACUGUCCCACCAGACUCCAGCCUCCCAUCUCCGCACUGUCCCACCACUCCAGCCUCCCCUCUCCACACCAUCCCACCAGACCCAGCCUCCAUUGUCCCACUCCAGCCUCCCUCCACACCAUCCCACCAGACCGCAGCCUCCAUUGUCCCACCAGACUCCAGCCUCCCCUCUCCACACUGUCCCACCAGAUCCCAGCCUCCACUGUCCCACCAGAUCCCAGCCUCCCCUCUCUACACCGUCCCACCAGACCCCAGCCUCCCUCUCCACACCGUCCCACCAGACCCCAGCCUCCCCUCUCUACACCAUCCCACCAGACUCCAGCCUCCCCUCUCCACACUGUCCCAGACCCCAGCCUCCCCUCUCUACACCAUCCCACCAGACUCCAGCCUCCCCUCUCCACACUGUCCCACCAGAUCCCAGCCUCCACCGUCCCACCAGACCCCAGCCUUCCCUCUCUACACCGUCCCACCAGACCCCAGCCUCCCCUCUCCACACCGUCCCACCAGACCCCAGCCUUCCCUCUCCACACCGUCCCACCAGACCCCAGCCUUCCCUCUCCACACCGUCCCACCAGACCCCAGCCUUCCCUCUCCACACCGUCCCACCAGACCCCAGCCUUCCCUCUCCACACCAUCCCACCAGACCCCAGCCUUCCCCCGCCACACUGCCACACCAGACCCCAGCCUUCCCCCGCCACACCAGACCCCAGCCUUCCCCCGCCACACCGCCCCCACCAGACCCCAGCCUUCCCCGCCACACUUCCCCACGAGACCCCAGCCUCCCCUCUCUACACCGUCCCACCAGACCCCAGCCUUCCCUCUCCACACCGUCCCACCAGACCCCAGCCUUCCCUCUCCACACCGUCCCACCAGACCCCAGCCUUCCCUCUCCACACCGUCCCACCAGACCCCAGCCUUCCCCCGCCACACUGCCCCACCAGACCCCAGCCUUCCCUCUCCACACCGUCCCACCAGACCUCAGCCUUCCCUCUCCACACUGUCCCACCAGACCCCAGCCUUCCCCCGCCACACUCCCCCACCAGACCCCAGCCUUCCCUCUCCACACAGUCCCACCAGACCCCAGCCUUCCCUCUCUACACCGUCCCACCAGACCCCAGCCUCCCCACUCCACACUGUCCCACCAGACCCCAGCCUUCCCUCUCCACACCGCCCCACCAGACCCCAGCCUCCCCUCUCCACACUGCCCCAUCAGACCCCAGCCUUCCCUCUCUACACUGCCCCACCAUGACAGUCUAG